AUGACCUCCCCAUCCCAGCAGAACACCAACGACGAGACCGACUCCCACGAUGCCGUCCUGGACCGCGCAUAUCUGAACGGCAGCCCUGCCAUCGAAGAGAUUGAGAACAAGCACAUCACCAGCGUCGAAGACCACAUCAACUCAGCAGAUGUUAGUGUCAGCGGAGGCUCCGACACAGAGGCGUCCCGCGGCGACUCGACCUCUGCGACCAAGAGCACCGAUGGCGACAAGGGCCACCUGCGCAGCUCGUCUACCGUCAAGAAACCCGCCACCUUCAAGGCCGUCUCGGUGAACAAGAAGUUUCUCGCCGCCUCCAAGAGCGCGCCCUCCAACCCCGCCGCGAAACCCAGCGACAAGACAAACACGGCCUCGGGCCUCAGCGCUGCGCCCUCUUCAUCCUCUACCCUGUCGGCAUCCCGUCCGCGACUUGUCGCCAAGUCGGGCGCUGCAGGUUCCGUCAACAAGUUUUCUUCCUCUUCCAACGGUGGACAGGCGGCAUCCGGCCCUGAUGCCAGCGCCGUCUGGAACAAGAAUCGACCUGUCCCUCCGCCCGAGCCUAGGAAGUUCACCGAUGAAGAGUUGGUCAAGUAUGGAGUCCAUAUCGCGAACCGUCUAGGGCCCGAUACGCCGCAGGGACAGAACAACUGGGCCGAUAUCGACGACGACGACGACGAUUGGGCUCCGGAUACCAUCACCUGGACCGACGGCACCAAAGUCACUUUACCGGCGCAACCCGAGGAACAGGCAGUGCAGGCCCCAGAGCCUGUUCCGGCUCCAGCCAUCGCCAAGGACAAAGCGCAGUUGAUCGAGCCCUCCAAAUCGCCAGCUCCUCCAGAAACGGCGACAUCACUACCCAAGUCUAGCGGUCUUCCCUCUGGUAAGGGCAUGAUUCUGAAACCCGGUUCUGUCGAGAAGCCCACGUUCGUCGCGAAGCCGCCCGCGCCCGCAAGUCCUGCCAAAUCUCCUUGGGCCAAACUUCCUCCCGUCGAAAAGUCGUCACCUGCCGCUACUGAAUCACCAUUCAUCCAUCCUUCGAAUCACCACCGUCUAUCUACCAGGGAUGGCCUCCAGCCCAGUAUAUCACCUCCCCCGCCCGCGAGAGAGAUCGCUGCCGACGAUUUCAGCCGAUCAGCAUGGCGUGAGGGAGGCGCCGCCGGCAAUCGCGAGCUUUACAACUCGCAGUCUGGCCGCUAUGAGCCUGUAGGGGAUCGAAGAGGCUCAUUCCGUGCCGACCCUCAUGCGCGACAUCCUGCCGUGAUGCAACGUCCUCACCAUGACCACCCCGAGCCGUCAGCUGCGUUCCAGACCAGCCGCGCAGCCCAGGAGGGAUCCUAUGGACGCCGCCGUGGUAGUUCCAACCUCGGAAAUGUUCCAUAUUCCCAACGAAUGCACGACCAACCACCGAAUGCCCGCAGGCCCUCGUUCGCCGUCUCCAUUGACGGUCCUGUCUCGCCAGACUCGGCCCACCCGCCUGCCGGCCAUGCCGCUGCCCUGCCUCACGCUUCGCCUGCGCUCGCUCAUGCCGUUCCAGCUCAGCCUGCGGUGCCGCAGAGGUCGGUCGAGGAGGAUCUUGAGAUUCAGAAGAAGGUUAUGCGUGAGAGACUCGAGCUCGCCAGGCAACGCCGAAGGGACGAAGAGGCUCGCGAAGAAGCCGAGAAGCAAAAGCGCAUCAAGGCUCGACUCGACGCCAUGGGCCCUGCCCCCGAACGCAAGAGCGCCAAGGAGGCUUCGAAGGAGGAAGGCGCGCAUCCUGCCCAUAUACUACAACAACGUCAAGGCUCUGGAGACUCAGACCCCGCAACCCACCCCAAGGAAUCCGCAACAGCCUCAAACACUUCUACCACUACGACGGCGACGACGCCUGGCACGGCUUUCAGCACCAUCGACAAGUCGGCCGCCGACAACUCGCCCAAAGCCGUCGCUGAACAGCCAACCGCUAUGAAGGCUUCCGUGCCCCCGCAUCUGCGCUCGGCAGAGAACAAGUCUGCCGGCGACAACUUUGUCCCUCCUCAGCUCCGAGAUAAAUCAAAUAAUAGCGGCAACCCGUCGUGGGGUUCCGCUGCGCCUUCCCAACCUGAACGCUUCAGUACCGCUACAUGGGGACCUCCUCCGGCCCCUCAGGCUGCAGGAAGCGUCUGGGCUCCGAAUACUCGGGGACUUGGCAAUGGCACGUUCAACGCUGCUGUCGGAUCGCCCCCCGUCUCUCAGCCUGGCCAGCUUCCCCCCUCGCAAUCCAAGAAGGGACCUGCACCAAUCGCACCACCUAGUGCACGCAGAACCCACGAUUCGACAGCUCCCGUUGCACGCCCGGAGCACGCGAACCUUGCCAGCAACAGGAGCAAGUGGUCCAGCGCCAUCGCCGAUAAUGACAGGGCAACCCUCGAGCAUAGCAGGGCCCGCCAGGCAGAGCAGGACCGCCACCUAGCCGAGCGUGGCAUGACGUACGCCGAUACUCAACCAGAAGUUGUCGACAAUUGGCGACCCUCGGCCAAAAACACCAGCCAAGGAUCUCAGGCAGAUGUCACCAUCUCGCGUCGCGAGCCUUCUCAUGCAGACCGUACACCUUCGGCACCCUUGCUCCCCGGUGGCUCGCCUGCCUCGCAGUCUCGCACCUCCCGCUUCUUCCCCACACGAGAUAUCCGGCUCGAGUCAGCUGGCCCGGCUGAGCCGGGACGAUCAACAUCGCCCUCUCCCCCACCCCCCGAUAUGCUCGGCCAUCCCGCAUUCGACGGUGAUGCGCUGCACCCCCAUGUUUCUCUGCCGCGACCCCAACCCGUCGUUCGACUUCCUCCGUCAGCGGCCGCUUCCAACAACGGCCCGAGGUCCGGACCACAGUUUUCGUGGGCCAACCCGGCCCCUUACAGAGAUGGAGCCCCUCCCCCUCCCCAAGGCCCUCGGCGUCCCAGCAACGAGUGGGCGCAUUCUCGGCCAGGUGGGGGAGAUCACAGCCACAAGAGCGCCGGGCAGACUGUUUGGGGUGACAAGUUCCGCGACCUCUUCUCCGACCGAAAGGCCCCUUCAGCCCGCCAUCCGAUCAUCUCGCCGCCCAAGGCAUCCGUUGUUGAGCCUGCUAGCAAAAGUGCUUUCGACGAGCUCGGCCGCCCCAACCCCGCCACUGUGUGCCUUCCCCAGCACACCGGCCAAAGCAUCGCCCAAGCCUCACAGGAUGCUGCUCGGGGCUUCGCCUCUGCCAAGAAGCGAUUCCGUGACAGCCAGCGUUUCCUAACGACCAAGCCAGUCUCGGAGAGCUGCUUCGAGGAGCAGGAGAUGGGCUCUCUGCCUCUGAUCCGCAUGCCGAGGGAGAUGCCUGAUGCAGCUUGGCACCCCGCGCCGCCUCCGGAGCGACCUGCGCCGAGACGCUUCAACAUUAUUGAGAUUACGUCUGCGCCUCAGUUUUGGAUCCCGCAAGACGUGGGACAGGGAGGUCCCGAAUACCGGAUCUUCCUCCCCGGCAUGAACGCGCUCAAGUCGGUUCCCGCACCAGCGCUGCGCUCCCGGAGCAACCCUCGACGCGCUUCCGGACGAGGGCCUCGCGCGUCAGCGGCGCCCCGUGGAGGCGGUCUUGACAAGCACCUCUAG